GCCCCCCGGAAGCGCAGGAAGAAGCGCGCCUGCGCAAUGGGCACGCAGGCCGCCCUUCCCAGGCGGGCGGCUCUCAGCUUUGUGUUCCAGCCCUGGAAGGAAGCGGGAGGGUUUUUUUUUUUGUUUGUUUGUUUCUUUCUUUCUUUCGCCUUUGUUCCCGGCUCAUAGUUUUUCCACCAGUGGGCCUUCAAAACCUACUGCUGCUACUACGGAGCUAAGCAGUCACUAUCUCAGCUCUAUGAUGUCCGUUCUUCCACUAGAACCUUCCCUGAGCUACUGAGGUCUGCCAACAGGGCUGCUCAUGAAAGUGUUCUUGUUAAGACAAUUAAAAACCAGUGGAAUGGAAAGAAAAUGCUUCAGGCGCUCUGGGUUAGGCCUACCAACUCUGUACACAUUACUGCUAGGCAUUGUAUUCAUUACUCUAAGUUCAAGUCGCAUCUUACUGGUAAAAUAUUCUGCCAAUGAAGAGAACAAGUAUGACUAUCUCCCUACUACGGUGAAUGUGUGCUCAGAGCUGAUGAAGCUGAUUCUCUGUAUACUUGUGUCACUCUGUGUUAUAAAGAAAGAAGAUCAUCAAAGUAGACAUUUGAGAUGUACUUCCUGGAAGGAAUUCUCAAGUUUCAUGAAGUGGUCCAUUCCUGCCUUUCUGUACUUCCUGGACAACUUGAUUGUCUUCUAUGUUCUAUCCUAUCUUCAGCCUGCCAUGGCUGUUAUCUUCUCGAAUUUUAGCAUUAUAACAACAGCUCUUCUAUUCAGGAUAGUGCUGAAGCGGCAUCUGAACUGGAUCCAGUGGGCCUCCCUCCUGAUUCUCUUCUUGUCUAUCGUCGCCCUAACCGCCAGUACCAAAACGUCACAGCAUGACUUGGCUGGACAUGGAUUUCAUCACGAUGCCUUCUUCACCCCAUCUAAUUCCUGCCUUCAUUUCAGGAGAGACUGUUCCCUAAGAGACAAUUGUACAUCGAAGGAGUGGACUUUCAGCGAAGUCCAGUGGAACACCACAGCCAGAGUUUUUAGUCACAUCCGUUUGGGCUUGGGCCACGUUCUAAUCAUAGUUCAGUGUUUUAUUUCUUCAAUGGCCAAUAUCUAUAAUGAGAAGAUCCUGAAGGAGGGGACACAGCUCACUGAGACCAUCUUCAUACAGAAUAGCAAGCUUUAUUUCUUUGGCAUUGUUUUUAAUGGUCUGACCCUGGUUCUUCAGAGCAGUAACCAUGAUCAGAUUCAGAACUGUGGGUUUUUUUAUGGCCACAAUACAUUUUCAGUAGCCCUUAUUUUCGUGACUGCCUUCCAGGGCCUUUCAGUGGCUUUUAUCUUGAAAUUCUUAGAUAACAUGUUUCAUGUCUUGAUGGCCCAGGUGACAACUGUCAUCAUCACAACAGUGUCUGUUCUGGUCUUUGACUUCAGGCCCUCCCUGGAUUUUUUCCUAGAAGCCCCAUCAGUCCUCCUCUCCAUAUUUAUUUAUAAUGCUAGCAAGUCUCAAAAUCUGGAGUGCGCACCUAGGCAAGAAAGGAUCCGGGAUCUAAGUGGCUGCCUUUGGGAGCGUUCCAGUGGGGAUGGAGAAGAGCUGGAAAGACUUACCAAACCCAAGAGUGAUGACUCAGAUGACGACACUUUGUAAUGGUGCUUGGUUGGUGGACAACUCCCACAAACUAUGUUUGCACAUUUUCAGCAUUUGUGGCAAUUGUCUUUUCUGAUAAACUGAUGAUGUUUCAAAGCAUAAUAUUCUUUACAUGUAUCUAACCACGAAUAAACAGCUCCAUCCAAGACCUAUAGCUGCCACAGGGUGGCAGAGUUCUGAAACAUAGGACUGCAUAACUGAAUACCUGAUGAGUCAACAGGACAUAUAUGCAGAUUGUUUCCUCAGCCUCCAGGUUCCAGAAAUCAUGUUAAUUUGACCCUACAGAUACACAAAUGGUGACAGCUUGCCAGAUACUAAUCAUGGAACCAUAUCUUCUGCCUGCCAAGGUCAUCUCUCUCUGUCAUUGUUAAAUUGUCUGGGUUGUCCCUCAGAUUUCGAGGCCUUAGCAAUAGUCGUUUUGCUUUCAUUAAAGCAAUAAGACUCUAAAAGUUUUGGCUGAAAGACCUAAGUAUCUGGCUGUGCCAUAGAUUUUAUAUAACAUCCUUUGUGAUAAAUAUUUUUAAAUUAUUCUUCAGAAAUAAAAUUUCAGAUUUUUA